AUGGCCCACUUGGAGACAGUCGACCUGGCACGUAUUGUGACUGGUGACUCACAGGAGACGCAGAAACUGUACAAUGCUGCUACACGUCCCGGGGCCUUCUUUUUGAACUUUAAAAGUAGAGAUGAAGGUAUACUCGACGCCUUGCCACGAUUGUAUGCCCUGUCAGACCGUUACUUUCAACGUCCCCUUACAGAAAAAUCGAAGGACUUCCGCGAGGGUCAACCUGCUUCUAGAGAUCGUGGCUACAAGACUGGUGAUUGUGAUGAGACAUUCGAGGUACAUAACAGCCCUAUCCGUUGCUUUUGGAGAGGCUUUGCUAACUACCUUCACAAGUUUUCCGACGACGAGCUCUUCCGUGGUGACGCAAGACUUCCGCCAAUUCUGCACGAUGAGAGCGAGCUAGUCCAGCAAUUCAAUAAACUCUGCCACUCUGCUGCCAUCAGUAUACUUUCAUCACUCUCUGAUUUCCUCGGCAUCGAGGGCGAGAAGCGAUUUGAAGCGCACCAUCGGACUACAGAGAGCAGCGAUACCGGUCUCAAGCUCAUAUACGAGCCCUUACUCGCCAAAGCCUCCGAAGUGGUCGAGAAUAAGCAUACCGACAGCGGGACUCUUACCCUGUUGUUCUACGAGCAGGUGGGAUUGCAUCUUUACCUUGCUGAGCAGGACCGAUGGGACUUUGCAGCGGUCCCCACGCCCGGAUGCGCACUUGUCACCGUGGCCGACUCCCUGCAGCGCUUAUCGGACUUGAAAUUCCACUCACCCCUGCAUCGUGUCACGCAGCCCAGUGAUGGGGCUGCGAAGCGGUAUUUUCUAUCGUACUUUCUCCGCCCUUCUCACGCCACUCAAGGCACGCAGGAUCAAGUGGCUACGGAGUAA